AGGUGCGGCUUAAACCCUUAUCGCCACCAGUGGCCGCGUCCUCUUCAUUUCCGCCAUCCGUAUCGUCUCCCUAGGGUUUGGCACUUUGGCCGCCGCCAUGGCGUCGGCGUCGCGUGCGCUCCUCCUCUCCCGUGCGCUCCAGGCCGGCGCGUCUCGCCGCGUCCCCGCCCUCCUGCGCCCGGUCGCUGCGGCCGCGAGCCUCCUCCCAGCGGUGGCGGGGCCGGCAGGGGCCGCCCUCGGCGCUAGGGUGCGGUGCUUCGCGACCCAGCCGGCGACGUCCUCGCUGCGGGACUCGUCCCCAAACUGGAGCAAUCGCCCGCCCAAGGAGACGAUCCUCCUCGACGGCUGCGACUUCGAGCACUGGCUCGUCAUCAUGGAGCCGCCGCCUGGUGACGCCUCCAACCCCGACAUCACACGCGACGAGAUCAUCGAUAGCUAUAUCAAGACUCUCGCCCAAGUCGUCGGGAGUGAGGAAGAAGCUAGGCAAAAGAUAUACUCUGUAUCGACUCGUCAUUACUUUGGCUUUGGUGCUCUUGUAUCUGAGGAACUUUCUUACAAACUGAAAGAAAUUCCCAAGGUCCGCUGGGUUCUUCCUGAUUCAUACUUGGAUGUCAAAAACAAGGACUAUGGAGGCGAACCCUUCAUAAAUGGGCAAGCUGUUCCUUAUGAUCCUAAAUAUCAUGAAGAGUGGGUGAGAAACAAUGCCCGUGCCAAUGACAGAAACCGGCGCAAUGAUAGGCCUCGCAACUUUGACAGGUCAAGGAACUUUGACAGGAGAAGGGAGAACAUGCAAAACUACCAGAACAGAGAUGGGCCUCCUGCCCAAGGUUUCAAUGGCCCCCCACCUCCACCUGGCCAGAACCAGAUGCCAUCCCACCAUAGUCAGGGCAACAUGUCUCCGCAACCACCACAUGCUGGUGGUGGCCAACCAAACUAUCAGCCCCAAAUGCAAAACCCACAGACGGGCUACAACCCUGGCGGUGCUCCUCACUACCAGCAAGGUGCUGCUCCUGGCUACCAAGGUGGACCUCCGGGGUAUCAAGGUGGUUACCAAGGGAACCCAGGCCCUGCCUACCAAGGUGGUAACACUGGUUAUCAAGGUGGCAACCCACCACCUCCCUACCAAGGAAGCAACCCACCACCUCCUUACCAGGGAGGCAGCCCACCAGGGCCACCACCUCCCUACCGAGGAGGCAGCCCACCAGGGCCACCACCUCCCUACCGAGGAGGCAACCCCAACGUACCGCCAUAUUCGGGUGGUGGCAAUCCUGGCUACCCUGGUGGCAGCCCUGGCUACCAGGGUCAAGGAGGCAACUCCAACUUCCAGUGAACAUGACCACGAGUACUAAGUUGGCACCCCUGUUUCAGAGUAGCCUUCUGCAAGAGAUGGUGCGCCGUAGCCUAGCAUAAAUCGAACCCUUGUUGCUAUCGGAUUUUCAUGGAUUGUCGCUGUUUGCACUUAAUGUUCUAUAUAUAGUACUCAAAACUAUGCUUGGUGUCUGAGUGAUGUACGUGGAAUUCUGAAACUAUGGAUCAGCUCUUGUGUGCACUUGCUGAACCAGAUACCCAGCAGUAAGCUUUUGUUUGUUCGUUUUGAGUGGUUGGUUAACCACAUAC